CAGCUGUGGAGCGGCAGCGCGAGCGCAGAGAGCUGUCGCAUCCUGAGACCACGCGCCCGGGCGGAGAGGACGCGUCUUUGUGCGCGAGGCGAACACGUCCAGCAGGCUGGUGGAGCUGGUGGAGCUGGUGGAGGAGGUGGAGGGGCGAGAAGCAGCUCCGUGUUAUUUUUCCUGGUUAUUUUCACCUUCGGGGAUUACAGCGUUUCUCUCUCUCUAUUUUUUUUUUUUUUUUUUUGCAUCAUCCGGUCAUUCACGGCGUCCACGUCGGACCCACAGUGGAAGUUAUCUGGGAGACUUGUUGGGCGGGCACGCGCCGCGGAGCGCGUGACAGCGGGUUUUUGUGUGUUCGCCUUGCUGCUCCGGUUGGAAUAGUUUUUUUAAUUUUUCGUGGCGUCCAGACUGUUUCCAGCAAAGUUUCCGGUCUUCUUUCCACGCCGCCCCGCAUGUUCGGAUAGAGCCAAAUAACUGCCCCCCCCUGCCCCGGGCGUCACAGGUCCGACACCUCACAGCGCAAAAGGUGACCGCUCGUUUUAUUUUUUCUCUCUCCCGGGAGGGGAGGGGGGGGGGCUGCAGCCUCUCCCUUUAAAACCAAGCAGACCUUUGGCGCUCCACCAUGGGGGAUCUCUGUGGGAUUCACCUGUGCACCUGGACGGGGGCCGGGAGGCGCGUCCCCACCACGUACCUGGGGGUCCUCGUCAUGCUGCACCUCGUGCUCCACGCGGAAGCCUCCUCCGUGUCCAGGUCCUGCGCGACGGACUGUCCCUCGGGGAAGUGCAUCGACGGGAGCUGCGCAUGCGACCGCGGGUGGGUCGGGGAUCGCUGCCAGCACUGCCAGGGGAGGUUCAAGUUAACGGAGCUCUCGGGCAUUCUCACAGAUGGACCAGUCAACUACAAGUACAAGACCAAGUGCACUUGGCUGAUAGAAGGAUACCCUAACGCAGUGCUCAGGCUGCGCUUCAAUCACUUUGCCACAGAGUGCAGCUGGGACCACAUGUACGUCUACGACGGAGACUCCAUUUACGCCCCUUUGAUUGCCGUCUUCAGUGGCCUCGUGGUACCAGAGACGAGGGGCAACGAGACGGUCCCCGAGGUAGUGACGACGUCCGGCUACGCUCUGCUUCACUUCUUCAGCGACGCCGCCUACAACCUGACCGGCUUCAGCAUCGCCUACUCGAUGAACUCCUGCCCCAACAACUGCUCGGGCCACGGCCGGUGCAGCACGGCCAACUCGGCGUCGGGCCGCGUCUACUGCGAGUGCGAGGAGUACUGGAAGGGAGAGGCCUGCGACGUCCCGUACUGCCGCGACGACUGUGGCAGCCCGGGUCGCGGCUACUGCGACCUGACGGGGGAGAAGCUGUGCGUCUGCAACGACAGCUGGCAAGGUCCCGACUGCUCUCUGUCCGUCCCCUCCACCGAGGCCUUCUGGGUGCUGCCGAGCGUCAAGCCGUCGGCUCAGUCUCUGGGCCGGGCGUCCCAUCGGGCCCUGGUGCACUCCGGCCUGAUGUGGGUGGUGGGCGGAUACUCCUUCAACUACUCCAACUACCACAUGGUCCUCAACUACAACCUGGAGAGCGGAACGUGGGACGUGGUGCCGGUCAGCAGCGGUCCUCUCUACAGAUACGGCCACUCGCUGGCUCUGUACCAGGACGACAUCUACAUGUUUGGCGGGAAGCUGGAGGCCAAAUCGGCCAACGUGACCGACGAGAUGUGGGUGUUCAACAUCCCCCGGCGCACCUGGUCACCGCGGACGCCAGCCCCGCCGCCUCCCUACGCCCUGGAGGGCCACAGCGCCCACGUGGUGGAGCUGGCCGGCGGCGAGCAGGUGAUGCUGGUCUUCUUCGGCUACUCGCCCACCUACGGCUACGUCAACAAGGUCCAGGAGUACAACAUCGGGUCCAACGCCUGGCAGGUGGUGCCCGCCGAGGGCGCCGCGGUGCAGGGGGGCUACGGCCACAGCAGCGCGUACGACCAGGCCGCCGGCUGCGUGUUUGUCCACGGGGGAUACAAGCCUCUGAACAACAAAAAGCACGGCCUGGUGGACCACAUGUACCGCUACCACGUCCACACCAAGACAUGGUGGACCGCUGAUCCUCAGGGAAGCGAUGUAGCGCGGUACCUCCACUCGGCGGUGCUUCUGAGCGGCGCGCUGCUGGUUUUCGGCGGAAACACUCACAACGACACGUCGUUAAGCAACGGGGCCAAAUGCUUUUCCGCCGACUUCCUGGCGUACGAUAUCGCCUGCGAUGAAUGGACCGUCCUCCCCAGGCCGGGGCUGCACCGGGACGCCAACCGGUUCGGACACUCGGCCGUAGUCAGCAACGGCUCCGUGUUCAUCUUCGGCGGCUUCUCGGGCCUCCUUCUGAACGACGUGCUGGCGUACACCCCUCCGUCCUGCCGGGCCUUUUCCAACCCGGCCUCGUGUGGCGCUGCCGGGCCGGGCCUCCGCUGCCAGUGGGCGGAGAGCAGGUGUGUCCCCUGGGAGCCCAAAGCAGCCGAGCACAGCGUCCCCGCUCCUUUCUGCCCGCCGCGACCUGACGGGUACGACGAGCGGUGUUUCCUCUUCUCUGACUGCGCCAGCUGCACCGCCAAACACGUGGGCUGUCAGUGGUGUGAGGACAGGAAGUGCAUGUCGGCCUCCAGUAACUGCACCGUGUCGGUGAGAGGCGCGGCGGGCUGCAAGCGCCGGGAGGAGCAGGAGUGUUUCAGGCUGGCCAACUGCAGGAGCUGCUCCCUCCACGUCAACUGUCAGUGGGAGCCGCAGCAGCAGGAGUGUCAAGCGCUUCCUGGCCAGCUGUGUGGGGAGGGCUGGCACCACGUCGGGGAGGCCUGCCUGAGGAUCAACUCCAGCAGUGAGAGCUACGACAACGCCCAGCACUACUGCAAGAACCUGGGAGGAAACAUCGCCUCUCUGCUCACAGACCAACAGGUCAACUUUGUUCUGGAGGAGCUGCAGAAGCACCAACUGCAAGACAAGACGUUGUCCCCCUGGGUCGGCCUGAGGAAGAUCAACGUGUCCUACUGGGGCUGGGAGGACGCGUCGCCCUUCACCAACACCAGCCUGCGGUGGUCACCCGGAGAGCCCAGCGACGCGGGCUUCUGUGCCUACCUGGAGCGGGCGCAGGGGGCGGGGCUUAGAGCCCACCCCUGCACGGCCAUCGCCGACGGCCUCAUCUGUGAGAAACCUGCCGGUGACCCCAAGAUGAAAAGCGCUCGUCCCUGCAGGACGCCGUGCUCGCUGCGCGCCGGCUGCGCCAACUGCACCAGCCAGGCCAUGGAGUGCAUGUGGUGCGGCAGCACGCAGCGCUGCGUGGACUCCUCUGCCUACGUCAUCUCCUUCCCCUACGGCCAGUGCCUGGAGUGGCAGACCCAGGACUGCGCAGCCCAGAACUGCUCAGGUCUGAGGACGUGCGCCGAGUGUCUGGAGAGGACGGAGUGCGGUUGGUGCGGCGAUCCCAGUAACACCGGCAGGGGUGUUUGCAUGGAGGGGUCCUACCGGGGCCCCAUGAGGCCCGCCGGCUCCAGGGCCGGACCCCCGGACAGACUGUGGGACAGGGACAUGGCGCUGGAUCAGAGUCUCUGUUCCUCCGACAGAGGCUACAACUGGGCCUUUGUCCAAUGUCCCGCGUGCCAGUGUAAUGGUCACAGCAGGUGUGUGAACGGCAGCGUGUGCGAGCACUGUGGGAACCUGACGGCAGGGAUGCACUGCCAGAGCUGCAUGGCCGGUUACUAUGGCGACCCCACCAACGGAGGGAAGUGCAACGCGUGCAAGUGCAACAGCCACGCCAACGUGUGCCACGCCAACACGGGGAAGUGCUUCUGCUCCACGAAAGGGAUCAAGGGAGACCAGUGCCAACUAUGUGACUCAGAGAACCGUUACCUUGGUAACCCUCUCCGGGGAACCUGCUAUUACAACCUGUUGAUCGACUACCAGUUCACCUUCAGCCUGCUGCAAGAAGACGACCGCCACUACACCAGCAUCAACUUCAUGGCCACACCCGAACAGGCCAACAAGAACCUCGACAUGUCCAUCAACGCCUCCAACAACUUCGACCUGAACAUCACCUGGUCCUUGAGCUCUACAGCCGGCACCAUCUCGGGGGAGGAGAUGCCCAUCAUAGCGAGGACCAACAUCAAGGAGCACCGGGACAGUUUCUCCUGUGAGAAGUUCAACUUCCGCCUCCACCACAACAUCACCUUCUACGUCUACGUGUCCAACUUCAGCUGGCCGAACAAGAUCCAGAUUGCUUUCUCGCAGCACAACAGCAUCAUGGACCUGGUGCAGUUCUUCGUCACCUUCUUCAGCUGCUUCCUGUCUCUGUUACUGGUCGCUGCCGUGGUUUGGAAGGUCAAACAGACCUGCUGGGCUUCACGCCGUCGAGAGCAGCUGAUGAGAGAGCGCCAGCAGAUGGCCAGUCGUCCCUUCGCCUCGGUGAACGUAGCGCUGGAGGCGGGCGGCGACCAGGAGGAGCUUUCACAGGCGUUGCCCAAGCCCGUCGCCAUGGAGCCAUGUUGGGGGAGCAGAGCGGGUGUUCUGACGGUGCUGCUCUAUCUGCCCCGAGUCCCGUCUGGAAUUCCUCCGCCGGGACAGUCUGGUAUCGCUAUUGCCAGUGCCUUGGUAGACACAUCGCAACAGCGAGUAAUGGACUACAAGGAAAGAGGCCUUGGUUUGAAGCACCGAAAAAACAUUGUUCACCACCAAGGAACCUGUGUAUGAACUGGAUCUUCUACACUGACGGCAGCAGAUGUUUUCAUGGAUUUUAGACUAAGGGACCCAUUGUAAACAAAGGCAAGGAAUCGCGUUUGGAUGUUGUCAGAUUGGAAGAAGAGUAAAUAUAUAUUUCUCAUCAACGGGCAUUCGAAUGGAGGGAAAACAGCACUUCUUCUCUGAUUUAGAUGGAAAAUGUUUCCGUCAACAUGAUCUCCUUGUCUCUUGUGUGUAUAUGAACAGCCUGGAAACAAAUAAUUGGAAACCUGCAGAUUGACAGCAACAAUGCGUAUUUUCCACCAGAGCUUUGGUCAGACAUUUACUGUGAUUGCUGGCGAGCUUUACCCGUUCCAGGCUCUUUAUCUCCUGGGCUCUACUUGUCUGUCACGCAAUCUGCCAUAUUGACAGAGGAAAACAGUGGUUUUACCCCAUUAAACCAAACUAAAUGGCUUGAAGAGAUUGACUGAGCUGAGAUGAAGUCCUCCUGACUUACGAACCUACUCGGACUCAUGAGUGGGUGUUGCUCUGUGGCAUCGGCUUGAGGAGAAAGUGUCCUCUGGGAAUUGUUAAAAACACUACUAAUAUUGAGAUGUUAAAGGACAAAGAUGAUUGGAUGUAACUAUUGAGAUUUGUCCUUGAAAUAUACAUCCGUACAUUUUCUCCAACAUUUGAUGUUUUUGAUACCGGCUCAGGUCUUCUCAAGUGGAAAAGGGUCCAUCAUCUGCAGUUUUGGGCCUCACACAUGUCUGUAUAUGCACUAUAAGUGAAACGCUUUACCAGUACAUUAGGACCCACUGGGGGAUAAUAUUAUGCAAGUAUUCAUCCAAAUGUUUAUUCUGGGCUGCAAUGUAACCUCAAGGUCGGUAUCAUGAAACACAUACUACUGAUGGUAUUUAUAUGCCUAUCAAUUGAGUUAUUACUGUGAACAUACACCAUACAUCCUUUCUCCUGACCUGAAUUUCCUGCCUGUUUUCUUGUAAUGCAAACUUUAAUGUAACAUAAUUAUGUAAAAUUUAUAAAUGAUGCAUUACAGUUAAACAAUAAUUUUACAAAUGCACUAAGGUUCAGUCGAUGUUUUUUUUUUUGAAUGAGAAGAUUAAACAAUAGAUUACGAAGCGAGUCUGUGCGGUAUUUACUUUUUUUCUUACCCUCACUGUCUUGGUUUCCAAAUAUUAUAUAUGCAUAUACAUGAUAGCGUUUCUUUUAUGUGAUGUUGAAUGUUUUUUUCUUUCCCUUCAAUUGUGGUAGAACCAUCAAAUAUUGUAAAGUCACUUUUUAUCAACUGCACAUACACACACAUUCAAAAGUUUGGAAUUGCCUGCCAGAUGACUGACAGGGCUUCUCUGGAUGACUUCAGAUUGCAAAAAUUCCUUUUUACAACGAGAUGUUACUUUGUGUGAAGGGUUUGUUUUGUACGGGCAGAACAGACAACUGAAAGGGCAUAAAUAGACAUUUGAACGAGAACAGAUUGGUGAAAUAAUUUAGCCUCAACGUGUGUGUUUCAGUGUCUUGUGCACAAUAGUGCAGGCUGCAGUUUUGCCAAGUACACGCUACAUUACUCAUCUGAAUUUAACUGUUUUUUCUUUGAUAAUGAGAAAAACGUCAAUAACAGAACUUUUGAAAUGCUUUAUACACAUGUCCCGUAUGUAUGUAUGUAUGUAUGUAUGUAUGUAUGUAUAUACACACAGAUAAAGUCUGACUGUUCAUUCAGGCAUUUUGUCUUCAUGUGAUUUUGCAGUUAGAGACUUUUAACAAAGGGCAGCUCAUCACAGUGUUUCUGUCCGUUUGAGCAUAAAUCUGUACAUUUACAAUUAAAACAUUUUGAUGCCUUUUUGUAUGGAAAUUGGAUCAGA